CCCGCCGCGACCGCGAUGGAGCCACCCGGUUCGGGUUCAGGAGCAGCAGAACCGGUCGAGGAGGACCGCGUCGAAGAACCGGCCCAGGGGGGCUCCAACUCCAACGCCUCCUCCCCGACCGCUGCUGCGCCGCCACCUCCCCGCACGACGCCCCUCCACCUCGAGCAGGCCGGAGGCGGCGCCGAUGGGUCGACCCCCGCGACGGUGUUCGACCCCCGGAAGGGCAAGGAUCCGGUGUCGCUGCUGCCGCCCUGGGUCAUUCCUCCUCCUCCGAGCCCCGCGACGGUGUUCGACCCCCGGAAGGGCAAGGAUCCGGUGCCCCCGCUGCCGCCCUGGGUCAUUCCUCCUCCUCCGAGCCCCGCGGGCAGCAGCAGCUCCUCCGACUCCUCCAUCGACUACGGCGCGGCAUUCAGAGCUGGGACCUUCGGAGACGGGGUCACGGAGUCGAGCACCGCCGCCGAACUCAGAGCCCGCGGCGGCAGGGCGCGGGCUACGUGGAGCGACCCCUUGGUGGCGGACACGAGGGGGGAGCCCAACGCGGCGCCGCAUCCGUUCGACCACGGGAUGAUCGAUCGGCUGGUGCGAGAGCAGGCGGCCAUCGACGGGGCGAUCGGGCUACGGGAAGAGCCCGAGGAGGCGGCGCCGUCGAUCGACCCCAAGCUGGUUGCGCAGUCGUUGCUCGAGCGGCUGGCGAGAGUGCAGGCGGCCGUCGACGAGGACAACAGGCGACGGGAACAGCAGUACAACUCGUUGCGCGCGGAAGAGGCGAUGUACAGGAAAGAACAGGAGAAACUAUCACAAGUAAAGGUUGUGGUAAAGGUGAAACCCAAGCAAGACAAACUAGGUAUAAACUGGACUCAGAUCAAGAACAAGAUUUUUCGUAGAGAAGGAAGGGAAAUAUGUUCGGAACAUGUGAACCACCAGACACAUCCCAUCACUGAAGUCAGAAGGCAUCAUAGGCUUGCUUCUGACGAGGCGAACCAUCUUGAUGCCUAUUCAGAAUAUAGAUCGGUGAUUGGAGAUGGGGAGUGUUUCUACAGGAGCUUCAUAUUUUCGUACCUUGAGCAAGUUAUUGAUAGGCAGGACACACAUGAGGAACAUCGUCUCCUUCGUGUUGUUGAAAGAAUGUCCAUGCAACAUGCAAAUCUUCGAUGGAACUCUGACUUUCGCAGGAGCAGCAAAGCAUUUAAGAAUCUGAUCAAGAAAAUAAUGAGACGGAAACAUGGCAGAGAAACAACUAGCAGCCGCCGUAAAGAGAAACUUCUCAAGUUCUUCAACAAGGAUGAUACGACACUAGACAUUUUCAUUUUCCUCAGAUUAGUAGUAGCUAUCCAGAUGUGCUCGCACAGGGAGGUGUAUGAACCGCUUAUACCAGGGCUCAGAGGAAAUUACAAUCUGGAAGAUUGGUGCUUUUGGCGCGUCACUCCAGCUCGUCGGUUCACGGAUCAUGUUAUGAUGUUGGCCUUGGCCACAGCGCUUGAGGUGCCCCUCAGAGUGGAGCGAGUCCGAGGAGGAUAUGAUCCAGAUAUCUACACUGUUCCUGGAGUUCCCCGUCCGAGAGUGACCCUGCUGUACUCGGCAAAUCACCAGGAAAUCAUCUACCCACGUGCUUCCCAGAGAGAACAUGCUGCUGAUCAGGGUUCAAAUCAACAGACUUCCCAGAGAAAACAUCCUGCUGAUCAGAGUUCAAGUCAUCAGGCUUCCCAGAGAGACGAUCCUGCUGAUCAGAGUUGAAGUGAAUAGAUUCCACUGGAUUAAAGUUGACUAGGGCUGCUGCCUAUGAAUGAGAUUAGUGGUAGGCAUAUCAUCCUCGAGAUAUCUACAUGCAGUGAUGAAGUUGGGGUAGGCAUAGCAUAUACACUUGUGUGCUCUUCUUUGAUAGGGAGAAAAACUUGUGGUGUUGUUUGAAUUGUUGGCUGGUAUACUUGUGCAUUCUUUGAAAUAAUUUCUUUCUAAUGUUGCCAGAUAUACAUACUGCUGAUGCCACUGGAUUGAUUGAUCAGUUUGGUGCCAAGGAUGAAA